AUGAGCUCCAUUGCGACUGCAUUCAAGAAUGCCUACAUCAAUGGAUCUGGAUCGGAUCUAGCUGCAGUACUCACCCCAAUCGCGCCGGCCGAAGAUCCCAACCGACUACGCUCAUUCUACCAGCUCUCUAAUGCCGCAUCCGUCUCCCUCGACCUUCCUUACCUCCUCUUUCACGGCAAAGGCCCCAAGCUACCCAAGGCCGAGCAGAACGCCUGGGUGGACAUAUUCGUUGUUUACUGGGAGGCCAUAGGCGAAGUCCUCAAGUGUGAAGACCGCAGCCCAGGGGCCAGUGUCGUCACACUUUUCAAUACUUGGAAGAAACUCGCCAACACACUUAUCAGAGGUUACUCCGGAUCUUCCAGUCUUCCUGCCUGGACGCUCCCAUGCCUGUACACCGUUGGGAAGUACAUGCGCAUCUUUGCAAUCAAUGCCGAUCUCGAAGUGGCGUCACAAGGGACGGCCGUUCUUGGAUUCCAGGAGGAAGUCUCACCAGAUGUGGAGAAGAAUGCCAACCUAGAAGAAGCUGCUCGGGUUAUCAACCGGAUGUUCACUCUUUGCUUGAGCGAUAGAGCUGCUCUUGAAGAGUCGCGCAAGUGGGGCAUCUACAACAUGACCAACCUUCUGUUCAAGAUCUAUUUCAAGAUUAACUCCGUCGGCCUCACCAAGAACAUUCUCCGCGCCAUCAAGGCAUCAGCGGCAGACCUGCCUCCCCCCGAGGCUUUCCCGAAAUCUCAUAUUGUCGCUUUCGAAUACUACGUCGGUGUCAUUCAUUUCUUGGAGGAGAACUAUGCAGAGGCCGAGGAACAUCUGACAUGGGCCUGGAGAAUGUGUCACCGCGGUGCAACCAAAAACAGAGAGCUGAUUCUCACGUAUCUUAUCCCAUGUCACCUGGUGACUACUCAUACUAUCCCAAGCAAGAAGCUUCUCACACAAUUCCCCCGCCUCGAGAAACUUUUCCGACCUCUCUCAGAAUGCAUUCGUAAGGGUGAUCUGGCUGGCUUUGACCUGGCCAUGACUGCUGGCGAAGAAGAGUUCGUCAAAAGACGUAUUUACCUACCCUUGGAACGCGGCCGUGAUAUUGCCUUGCGCAAUCUGUUCCGCAAGGUCUUCCUGGCUGGAGGCUUCGAAGAGCCCAAAGAUGACCAGCCACCAGUUCGGCGAACCCGUGUCCACGUGAACGAAUUCGCAGCUGCCCUCCGUGUCGGCACCCCCACCAGCGGCCGCUCGCGGGUUGACAUUGAUGAGGUGGAGUGCUUACUGGCCAACCUUAUCUACAAGGGACUCAUGAAAGGGUACAUUGCGCGUGACCGAGGCAUCGUUGUCCUGAGCAAAGGUGGGAAAGCGUUCCCGGGUACCGGUGUCUAG